AUGGGUGACAACAACCAAGCUACCACCGGCUUCGACCCUGCCGCCAAUGCUCCCGAUGCUGCUGCCUGGGACAAGGGCAAGGGCAAGGCCACAGACCCCACCCAAGACAUGCGCAUGGACGAUGAUGAGAGUGACGAGAGCGAGGCCGAAGAAAUGGUCGAUGAUGACGACGAUGAAGACAACGAUAACUUGGAGCCUAUCUCCUCGGAGAACAUCAUCUCCGGCGGCCGCCGUACACGCGGCAAGAACAUUGACUUCCAAGCCGCCGCUGAGAGUCUGAAGGAUGAGGGCAUGGACGAGGAUGACGAUGAGGACGACGACUACGUCGGCGCUGGUGAUGACGACGAGGACAACAAGAUGCAGGAUUAG